AUGGAUAUCCAUGAAAGGAAUACAAUUUACAGAUCUAUUAUGGAAGAUGACCAAGCUUCUUUUGUCAGAUUCAUAGAAGAAGAAACAUUCAAUAAAGAUCAACGUCUCAAAAGUGAAUUAUAUCCAGAAUCAAGUAAUGGAUUGUCACUUCUUGAAUUAUGCUGCUAUCAUGGAUCAAUUGGUUGUUUUAAGCUGUUAGAAACAAAAUUUAAUUCAGUAACUACGCGAAGAUGCCUUCAAUUAUCGUUUUUAGGAGGAAAUCCUGGCAUCAUUAACGAAUAUUUGAAAGAACAAGAGCCAGAUAGAGAAUGCAUGCAAUAUGCAAUUAUUUCAUACAACAUUGAUUUCAUUUCUUUUUUGAAGAAUGAACAUGAAAUUGAUAUUGAUUUAAAUGUUUGUGUUCAAGCUCUAAAUCUACAAGCUUUCUUUAUUGACCUUGAUAUGACAAAAGACUUUCAGAAAAGUUUUAUUUAUUCUCCUGGUUUUUCACUUCUUUCGCUUGUUGAAUAUUUAAUAUCAAACUGUCAAGAUAUCAAUGCUCGAGAGAUUAAAGGCUCAGCAGCUAUUCAUUUCGCUGUACAAUCUGAUUGCAAAGAAAUAUUAAAAUUUCUUAUUUUGAAUGGAGCUUUUAUUAAUUCUCAGAACAAUGAUGGAACUACCCCGCUUCAUCUUGCUGUUUAUAGAAACAAUAUAGAAUUUGUAAAAAUUCUUAUUUUACAUGGUGCAGAUAUUAAGGCUCGUCGCAUUGAUGGAGUUACUCCACUUUAUUUAGCAGCAAGAUACAACUGUAUAGAAAUAGCAAAACUCCUUUUUUCUAACUCUGCAGAUAUUGGCGCUAAAUCCAAUGAUGGAAGAUCUGCACUUCAUAUUGCAGCUGGCUAUGCUGAUUUAGAUAUUGUUGAACUUCUAUUAAUUCAUGGUGCAAACGUUAAUGAAAAAAAAUCCUGUAGAUGGAAAUACUCCUCUUCAUUAUGCAGCACUCUUUAA